AUGGUACUUGCCCUUCUGGCCUCUCUGCCGAGGUCACGUCUCGCCGCUGUGCAGCGAAGGAUCGCCCCUCUACUGCAGUUCGAUGUUCUCGGGCUAUUACCGGAUGAAAUGGCGCUUCAGGUACUCUCAUACCUGCCCUUCGAGGCUCUGCUCACAUGCGCCUUGGUGAGCCGAAGGUGGCGGAUGCUCGCCGAUGACCAAUCGCUCUGGCGAGUGCUAUGUACAGAACAGCGGUGGGAAUGGCGGAACCCGCCUGUACCUCGUGAUCGAGGCUAUGUCUCUGACCUAGAUGAUGCUGAGGAUUCCGACGACGAAGGCAUGGGCGAUGAAGAGGAUUCCGAGUUAGCAGUGCAAGACAUGCUUUUGGAUGACUCGGGAUUCUCGUCCAUGCUGGUCGAUCCAGCUUCAGCUUCACUCACGUCCACCCGAGGGCCUGAAGUUGUGAUCCCUAGGCGCAGAGACAGAGAGAGUACCCGCCGUAACUCCGCCUCUGCCUCUCUACUGCCGCAACGAUCUACCUCCCCAUCCGGACCGGACUACAAACUGCUUCAUCAGACGCAUACAAAGAUCCACAAUCGUAUACUCUCCGGGUCGUAUAGGCUUUACAAUCUGCAGACCUCUAACGCAUUGAACUCACAUACCAACGCGAUCUACUGCUUGCAACUAUACACCUAUCCGGAGACCGGUGUCCAGGUCUUAUUCACGGGCUCGAAGGAUCGCUCGAUUAGAGAAUGGGACCUUGUUACGGGAGCCGUGACCCGCGUCAUUGCUGAUGCACAUGAGAGCAGUGUGCUCAGUAUAUGCGUCCACGACGGCAUCCUCGUUAGCGGAGGCAGUGAUUGGCAAGUCACAGCAUGGGAUCUCAAGAGUAACACGCGCAUCAAAUCGAUCCGUGAUCAUCGUGACAGCGUAUUGUGUGUACGAUACGAUGGCAGAAGGCUAGCCUCAUGCUCGAAAGAUAGGACUGUCAGAACGUAUCUGAUGCCAGAUUUUACUCCUCAUCAUGUUUUGUACUGUCAUCGCGCGGCUGUAAAUGCCGUCGCUAUGUCAGCGACUCACAUUGUAUCUGCUUCAGGCGACCGAUCCAUUCGGCUGUGGGACGCAGAGACCGGCACUCUCUUGCGCACAUUUGAGAAUCAUCAUGGCCGAGGUAUCGCAGCGAUUGACUUCCGACCACCAGUGAUCCUAUCUGGCUCAUCAGAUAAACACCUUAGGCUGCUCGACAUCACCACGUCCAAAGGGUGGUCCACCGCGCCAGACUUUAUACGUACUCUCGACACUGCCAACGAGACCGUCUGUGAGACGUGCGGGAAUACCACACGGGUUGCCACUGCAGCUGAGAACGUGCGCUCACCGGGCUGGCCCCGCGCACACGAAGACUUGGUGCGGAGCGUCGCACUCAGCGCAGAGUUCGUCGUAAGUGGGAGUUACGACUAUACCGUGAAGGUAUGGAACCGGAAGACAGGCGCGCUUGUCGCAGAUCUCGCGGGAGGGCAUAAUGGCAGAAUAUUCUGCGUGGGAUUCGAUCGUGCCAAGGUUGUAUCAUGCGGGGAGGACCAGCGGAUCUGCAUUUGGGACUUCUCGCACGGAAUGGACACUUCUUUCGUCAAACUGUAA